AUGCUGUCAAUUUCGAACUGGGCCCGGGUCGGGUUUGUGCCCGUUGAGCCGUUUGGAUUGUGGGCAAUGGGCGAGAAUGGGCGAGAAUGGGACUCAGCUACUCUCGUUUGGCUGAGCGCACAAAUCAACACGUACGCUACCAGUCUACCAGAGCCUACAUACCGCACUGCCGUGUUACUCGGCUUGGCCCCUGUUUCCAUGUCGUCCCGUCUUGGGGACCAAAUCGUUGGAAGCUGUGUAGGCUCAGAGGCUCAGCUAGGGCGUCGGGUCCAUCCAAACGGACGUGACAAUGCCCGUUCACGACGUGAACGUCUGGGCGGCCGGAAGGUAUCCCGUAACGAAGGGGAGGGAAGGAAGGGCAAAGGCUUCUCAAACGCCCAGCCUGUUCCGUAUGAGCAUGUGCAGCCGAUCCAGCGGCCGGACCGGAUGCGCGAACCCAAUGAUUCCCAGGGCUCCGGUGCCAGGGAAAACGCAGAACAGAAGCUCGGCGACAGGGAUUCGAAGACGGACAGGGCAGGGGAGCGAACGCCAGAGGAGGGUAACCCUGCAUGCAACUUGACAUCCGACUUGGGCGGAAGGGAGGGGCACAUCGGCGACCGGUCACCGAGCCUGCAGCACCGACCCAAUUGGAGGUCACCCCACCUGAGGGAACCUCUCUAG